GACUUGAAAUGUCUUCAGAGGACAAAGAAGCACAGGAGGAUGAGCUUCUUGCUUUGGCAAGUAUUUAUGAUGAAGAUGAAUUCAAGAGAGCAGUGUCUGUACAGGGAGGAGAAAUGAGAAUCUCUGUGGACCUGCCACCAAACUUCAGUAUAUUUGUGACUGGCAGUCCUUUAGAGAAUCUUCCGAAUGGCAAAUUUGAAUGCACAGUUUGCUCCUUGCCUCCAAUUGUUCUGAAUUUUGAGUUCCCAGCAGAAUAUCCAUCAACCUCCCCACCUGUCUUCACUCUCAGUAGCAAAUGGCUCUCCCAAGGACAGCUCACUGCACUUUGCAGGCACUUAGACAAUUUAUGGGAAGAAAAUCGAGGUUGUGUGGUCUUGUUUGCUUGGAUGCAGUUUCUCAAGGAAGAAACACUUGGGUAUCUGAACAUCACCUCCCCAUACGAGCCAAAGUUAUGUUUACAAGGACAAAAGCAAAACAGACCCCAUAAAGAAGAAGCUUGUUGCGCCGUCGCAGGUGCUGCAGCAGCACAGGAAGAAACCCUUGAUCCAAGAGCUACACAGGAUGUUGAUUCUCUGUCCAGCCUGAUUAGAGAAAUCCUAGAUUUUGAUCAGACCCAAAAAGAAAAGUGCUUUAAUAGUAAAAUGUACUUGUGUAAUAUCUGCUUUUCUGAAAAGCUGGGAAGUGAAUGUAUGCACUUCAUGGACUGUAUGCAUGUGUAUUGCAAAGUCUGCUUAAAGGACUACUUUGAAAUUCAGAUCAGAGAUGGGCAGGUCCAUUGCCUGAAUUGUCCAGAACCAGAAUGUUCUUCUGUUGCUACUCCAGGGCAGGUGAAAGAGUUGGUUGGAGAGCAGCUGUUUGCACGUUAUGACCGCCUGCUGCUUCAGUCCAGCUUGGAUUUGAUGGCAGAUGUGGUGAAUUGCCCACGCCUCCGUUGCCAAACGCCGGUGAUGCAGGAACCAUGCUGUAGCAUGGCCAUCUGUUCCAGGUGCAAACAUGCCUUCUGUAUCAUGUGUCUGAAGGCUUAUCAUGGUGUCUCUCCAUGUAAAGUCUCUAUAGAGAAAUUAAUAGAUUUGGAGACUGACUACCUUGAAGCAGAUGAUGCCAGAAGAAAGUUUUUAGAGCAACGCUAUGGCAAAAGGGUGAUUCAAAAGGCACUGGAGGAAAGGGGAAGUAGAGAAUGGCUGGAUAAGAAUUCCAAACUAUGUCCCUCCUGUGAGACUCCUAUACAGAAGUUGGAUGGCUGUAACAAAAUGACAUGCACUGGCUGCAAGAAGCACUUCUGUUGGAUUUGUAUGCGUUCUCUGUCAAACACAGAUCCAUAUGGACACUUUAAUGAUCCAGCCUCCCCAUGUUUUGAGCGGUAUGUAGUUACACAUUACUGA